UAGAAGUUUGUUGGACUUCUCAAGUUCCUCUAUUAUUAAAUGUGGUGCAUUACAUUUUGUACAUCUCUAUGGACUUAGCCUUUUUCUGUGACAAUCAGAAACAAGAAUGCAUACAAAUGUUUAAUUUGUUAUUAUGUCAUAUAAGAGAGCACUUACGUUUCAAAACAUGGGAAAAAAUCAGUUUGCAUGAAGCAGUUGCUGAAUGAAGAUCUUCCUGCAAAAGUUUCAAACAGCAUGGAAUCUGAUGUACUUCCCUCCACUGGCUCAGUAUCUCUCCAUGCUGGGCUUCAAGGACAGUCAGGCAGUAACCAAGUUGCACCAGUCAUUGUGGGCUCCAAUAACCAGAUGACCAUGCCAAUUACAAUCAGUAUAAUUCAAGACCAGAAAUCUAUAAGUGAAGAAAAGAUUAGUAGCUCUGACUCCUCAAGUGUCCCAUCCCUAUCAGAUGUACAACUAAAAGAUCUUCAAGCAAAACACAAAAACAAAAUGCAACACAAGUUUAAAUACUUAACUGAAUAUUCAGUCAAGCCAGGAGAACAAGCCUUGAUAAUUGACAGAUUUACAACGUUAUGGAUUACUGAUGGUGAACACGGACAGGUCAGCAGAGAGCAUGAAGUGUGGGACAUGGAGUUCUUCCAUAAAGCCAGUGUUUCACAUCUUCAUUCUAUUAACCAUGAUGAAAUAUUUAAUCCAGCACCUGGGAAACCAAAUCCUCCAAGGAUGGUGCUGACUAAAGGAAUAGCUGGAAUUGGAAAAACUGUAUGCGUCCAGAAAUUAGUUUAUGACUGGUGCACUGGAAAGGCUGUUCAGGAAUUCAACUUUAUUUUUACCUUCCAAUUCCGUCAGUUAAAUUUGCUUCCUAAAAGGAAAUUUAGCUUUCUUCAGAUUGUACAACAGUUCUAUCCAUACAUUGAGAACUUGCAGGCCAUCCUUGACAAUGAGAACUGCAAAUGUCUUUUUAUUUUUGAUGGUCUAGAUGAAAGCAAGCUGCCAUUUGAUUUUAACUGUUGCCCACAUUGCUGUAAGAUUACUGACUCAAUCCCAUGGUCCUUUAUGAUAAUCAACAUCAUUAAAGGAAAUCUGGUCCCAUCAGCUUCAGUUUGGGUGACAUCCCGGCCAGGACCAACUGAUAAAAUUCCUUCUGAGUACAUAGACAGAAUAACUGAAAUUCAAGGAUUCGAAGAAAAAGAAAAGGAGGAAUAUUUUUACAAAAGAUGUGCAGAUGAAUGCCUUGCACAGAAAAUCAUCACACACAUAAAAAGACAGAAGACACUUAGCACAAUGUGCUACAUCCCAACAUUUUGCUGGCUCCUUGCUACUGUGUUUGAAUAUAUUCUUUCUAUUUCAGAAUCAGUUGGUGAUAAUAUUCCAAAAUCCCUUAGUGAAGUGUAUGCAAACUUUUUACUAGUUAUUGUCACUUACCAGCAGUGCCGUAACAUUGUGGUGAAGACAAUGAAUGAGGCUACAAAAUGUCUGGCAUCUAGCAAACAUAUUAUUAUGAAUAUUGGAAAAUUAGCAUACACUAAGCUGAAAAAGCAUCAGGUGAUCUUUUAUGAGAAAGACUUUAAGGCUCACAAUCUAAACCAAGAUACACUCUGUGGAGGGUUUUGUAAAGAAAUCAUUGUGGUAGAUUCGUUCUUAUUACAACAAAAGGCAUAUUCAUUUGUUCAUUUGACUAUGCAAGAAUAUUUUGCUGCUCUUUAUGUUUUCUUGUCAUUUGAUAUCAAAAAGAAGAACACUUUCAUACCUCAGCUUGGUAAUAAUUCAUCUUUUUAUAAUAUUUGCAAAACAGCUUGCCAAGAAACUAUCAGUAGUCCAGAUGGACACAUGGAUUUGUUCUUUCGUUUUUUGUGUGGGAUGGGAGCAGAGAAAAAUCUAAGUAUUUUAGAAGGGCUUACAUUGGGAUUAAAUGUGACUAAAUCAGAAAGACAGAAAAUUGCUAACUUCAUAAAGAAUAUGUUGGAAAGGGACAUUUCGCCAGAACGGUGCAUGAACCUCUUGCAUUGUUUAAGUGAAAUUGGUGAAAAUUCCAUUGUCGAUGAAGUAAAGCACUGUCUGACUUCAGGAGCCUUCGCAACAAGAAAGCUCUCUCCAUCUGAAUAUUCUGCACUCGCAAUAGUUUUACAAAUGUCUGAUGAAACCUCUGAGUCUUUUAAUCUUUCUCAGUAUGUAGAUUCAGUAGACGGUUUCAAAAGAAUUAUUCCUGUUGCAAAACUAUGCACAGAAAUAAGGUUGGGAGAGCUGUUUCUUUCAAAAGAGUUUGCAGAGCAUGUCACCCACUUGGUCAGUGCUUCUAAGAAUAAGGUUCGAGAAAUAAGUGUGGAACACUCAGAAAUGGAUGAAAACAAAGGGCGAAACCUGUUCAACAUUAUUACACACAAGAAAAGCAGAAUACAUACUUUAAGGUUACAAGAUUGUGUUGUCACAUCAGGCUGUGCAGAACUUGGCUCCCUCCUCAGGACACAUCAGAUCCUGAAAACAAUGGAUUUGACUGAGUGUGAAAUAGAAGAUUAUACACCAGUAUUUGAAGGAUUAAAAGAUCAAAAGUGUAACAUUGAAAAUCUAAGGAUUUCCAGGUGUUGCUUAUUUGACUACUUUGCUGAUACCCUUCCUUCCGCCCUUACUAAGAACAAGUCAUUGACUGAGCUGGAUGUAAAUGGCAUCAGUUUAAAAAACUCUGGCGUAAAGCUACUCACUUUUGGGAUUAGCGAUAUCAGUAGCAUACAAAAACUAAGAUUAACCCAGUGCAGCCUGGAAGGAGACAAAUUAAGUGAAAAGUGUGAAAUGAGAAACAGUGUCCUAAUACUGCUGGAUCUGAGUAGGAACAGCUUUGGUGACACAGGUGCAAAAUGGCUUGCUUCUGCUUUAAAGAGUCCAAGCUGUAACCUGAAAACACUUGUAUUAAGUCAUAACAACCUUACAGCAAAUUGUUGUGAAGAUCUAAGCUCUGCCAUAAUAAUAAAUAAAUCCCUUAUCAAAAUUAACCUUAAUAACAACAGUCUUGAAGAUUCAGGAGUAAAGAUACUGUCUGCUGGACUUCAGAAUCCAAACUGCAAACUUCAGGAGCUCAAACUCAGUUGGAAUAACCUUACCAGUAACUGCUGUGCAGAUCUGAGUGCUGCACUUUCUGUAAAUCAGUCAUUGGUUAAAUUAGAUCUUGAGGGUAAUAACCUUAAAGAUGAAGGAGUAAACAUACUCUCAACUGGACUUCAAAGUGCAAGCUGCAGACUGAAAAAAGUGAGGCUGAAUUUAAAUCGUCUUACUCAUAUGUGCUGCCAGGCACUUGCUGCCUCUUUCUACAGGCACGAACCGUUUAUAGAACUGGAUCUGAGCUGCAAUGAAUUGCUGGACGCAGGAGUGAAGUUUCUUUCAGAAGGUCUGAACAAUCCAAACUGCAAACUGGAGAAACUGAACAUCAGUGGUAACAGAUUGAAAAUGACUUCAUGUGAACAACUUUGUUCUGUUCUCUGCAAUAAUAAGUCUCUUCUGGAAUUGGAUUUAAGUGGAAAUAGACUCGAUGAUUCAGGAAUUAAAAGUCUUUGCAUUGGAUUAAAGGACCCAAACUGCAGGAUUCAGAAGCUGAACUUGUAUGGAACUGACAUCACUGACAUUUCCUGUAAAUACAUUGCAUCUGCACUUGUUGAAAACCUGUCUUUAAAAGAGUUAAACCUGUGCAACAACAAGUUUGGCAACACAGGAAUGAAGUACCUUGCUGAUGCUUUGGAUAAUCCUAGAUGUAAUAUCCAAAAUCUGAAGUUACAACGCUAUGGAUUGUUUGAGGAGAUUGAUCUAGAUUUUGUACAUCUCUUUGGUAAAAUGGACUCUCUGCAGAAGUCACAUCUUUUUCGAAAAAAGCCAAAAGAACAGCCUCCUACAUCUGAUAAUUCAGCAGCAGGAAAAGGGAAAAUAGGUACGAAAAAGCGCAAUGAAGAUUCUAAGUUUGAAUGUUUCCUUAUUGGUGAUGGUGCAGUUGGGAAGAGUACUUUGGUUGAUUGCUUCAUGAACUGCACAUUUCCACCAACAUGGACUCCAUCUAUAUGGGGGACACACAAACUAGACAUCCAGGUUAAUAGAAGUCCAUGUUCUCUCAAAAUUCAUGAUGUUUCUGGUUUGCAGGAGUAUGAAAGCAUAAGGAAAGCAUUUUACCACACAGCUGAUGUAAUACUCCUUGUAUGUGCAAUUUCUCAAACUUUCAGUGAUAACUUGGAAACCUACUGGAUUCCAGAAGUAAGAAACAAAAACCCCGAUGUUCCUGUUAUUUUGGUUUGCAACAAGACUGAUUUGCGAAAGGAUCCUUUUAUUAUUAAAAGGGAAAGAGAUAAAUAUAAUCGAAAGCCAAUGACUUCUGAGGAAGGACAAGAGAUGGCAAGAAGAAUUGGUGCUACAAAAUACAUUGAAUGCUCAGCUAUUUACUUUGAAGGAAUAAAUAAUGUCUUUGAAGAAGCUGUACGAACCAUCAUUAAGGAUAUUCAGAAAAGCAGUUGUAGACUGUGUGAAACAACACUGUACUGAGUUCAGUGCAGCCACGUGCUAAACAAACCAUAUGCAAGUAAUAAAUACUGAAUAAAACUAUAUCAGCAUUAAUUGAACUUCUAGAAUUUGCAGAAUGGACUUCAUACUUUCAAAGAUUCUUAGCUUUGAAUAAGUGAAACAAAACAAGUGGUUUGUAGAGUUUUGCAGACUAGCACUCACAGAUCUAUUUCCUGCUCUAUUGCCGCUACCUUCAUUUAUCCAACUGAUAGUUCAUAUAAUGAUUCUUGUAGCCCAAGAGCAGUACUAUAUCUCUGCACUGAACAUUAACUGACACCUUUCCAUCCACCUGGUUAAUUUUUCCAAAUCCUUUACCUCUCCAGUAGCUUUUCUGCUGCACCUAACUUUGUGGCAUCAGUGAAGAGUUUGAUUCUGUUCUCUAUCUCAGACAUGUCUUCAAAAUUCUUAAUGAACAAAACUGGACAAAGGAACAACCACUGAGGUACUUCACUGAUCUCUUUCCAUAUGUUUAGCACUGUCCUUUUCAACACAGCCAUCUCAGAUAUGCAGAAUUCCAGCUACUCAGUCAUAAUCCUAUCCAUGCUCCUCCACUUUUCCUGAAGCUACUCAUGUGGAACCAAGUCAAAUAUAUUGCUAAAGCUGAAGCAGACCAAGUCUGCUCAGGGGUGGCACAUGGUACUGGUUGCUAGGCUGCAGGCUCCUCCCAAGUUUCAAAAAAAACGAAGAGAAAUUACAUUAUAUUUUGAAAACUAUUACUUUUAAUUUAAAAAUAAUAGUUGGCAUUCUUUUUUGGGCACUUAGAACUGUGUAGAGUUCCAAGGAGAUCUGAGUUAAAAAAAAAUCUGCAUAUUUCCAGCUUGGAACUUUGCAAAUUCAAUCUGACCAAUCCAUGCAGCUGUUGAGGACAUGAGGCAACAAGGAGCCCUUUCUAUUGGCUCAGACUGUCUCAGGAAAGAGAAAAGGGUUAGUGUAGGUAGCUGGAACAGAAAUAUGGGAAUAUUUUUAUUUUAUUUGCAGCCAGUAAGUCAGCAUGUAGUUAGGUACCCAGGUGGCUGUGCCUCCAAAUGUUUUGUUGUGGUAACUGUACUACCCUGGUAAACAAACUAAAUAAAUAAAAUGUGUGUGUAAGCCUGUAUGAAGAUACAUAUUCGGAUGUGUGUGGGAGAGCAUAUCCUUGAACUGUCCUCAAUUUUGCUGCAAUAUCUAUUUUUUAUAUUUAUUUUUGGUAAACCUCUAUGAAUUACAGUCAGUACAUAAAGCCAGAUAUUAAAACUUCAUAUUUCUUAUAGUUUAGAAAAUGCAUGCUGAUGAAAACUUUUUGCUCUUUUAACUUUUUAAUAAGGAUGAGUGGAUGACUGUAUAAAAAUGUCUCUUCAAAUUCAUUAAUGUUGGCUUUAUCCAGACUUCUUGAACAAAUAUGUUGAGAGGUGUAGUGGGGGGGGGGCUGUUAUAGAAUGUUUGAAAACUCUGAUUUUUGCCUGAUAUUUUAGUCUGUUUUCAUGUAAAAUUCAUGGUGUUCUAUUGAAUCUGUGAUGACUGCAAUUACUAAAUAAUGACAGGCAUUUGAUUUUCAGACAAUCUUCAGAAAAAACAUACUAAUGCAAAACACA